UAACAAAAGAUAGAAGCUUUGCAUAUAUGUGUUAAGACACUAAGAGGAAGUGAUUCUGUAUAAUUAUACACACACAGAGCUAAGACAGCCAUCUGUUACUUUCAUGUCAUCAUCUAAGAACUGAUUGUCAGCGUUACACCUCUUUAUUACUAUGUUCAACCUGGCAACAGAAGCAGGAUCUCUCUCCACAUUCCUUAUAACAACAGAAUGCCCGUCCAUCUGAUGUUUUUGGCAUUCCUGGGUCUGUGGUGUUGUGACAUUUUAUGGACAACAGGCCUUUCUUACCCAAAAGCUCUGCCGUGCGAUGUCAGUGAGGCCAACAAUGGCUCGGGGCUCAAGGUGGAUUGCACGGAGAGAAACCUUAAGGAAAUCCCCCCUGGCAUCCCCAGGGACACCACCAACCUGACUCUCACCAUCAACCACAUUCCGACGUUGAACUCCACCUCUUUUUACAACCUGGACAACUUAACCGAGAUUGAUAUGAGGUGCAAUUGUGUGCCCAUCAAAAUCGGCCCCAAGGACCGCAUGUGCAUCAAAAGUUUGAUGAUUGAGGAGAACACCUUCACGGCACUGAAGAAACUGCGAGCGUUGUAUUUGGAUGGAAACCAGCUCAACAGUAUCCCGAAAGGCUUACCCUCAAACCUGAUUCUUCUGAGCUUGGAAGUGAAUCACAUUUUCUACAUUUCCAAGGCAAACCUUUCUGAACUAAGAAACAUUCAGGUGCUCUACCUUGGUCAAAACUGCUACUACCGUAAUCCCUGCAACGCUUCCUAUGAUAUUGAAGAUGGUGCCUUUCAACAGUUUACCAAUUUAACUUUAUUGUCUCUGAAGUCAAACAACUUGUCUUUCAUCCCACAUAACCUGCCCAAAAGAUUGAAGGAGCUUUACCUGUACAACAACAACAUUCAAGAAGUCACUGAUGAAGAUUUUAAGAACUUAACUAACCUUGAGAUCCUUGACAUUAGUGGAAACUGUCCUCGCUGUUACAAUGCGCCUUUCCCUUGCACCCCGUGCCCAAAUAAUGCAGAGCUUCACAUUAGCAAGACAGCUUUUGGGAAGCUGACAAAGCUAAAGAUUCUACGUCUGCACAGUAACUCCCUGACACAUGUAGCAUCGGAAUGGUUUGCCACAACAAAAGAUCUCAGAGUUCUUGAUUUGUCAUCCAACUUUUUAGCUAGAGCAAUUGCAUUCACUGACUUCCCACGGUUCCUGGGGAAACUGGAAGAGCUCGACCUGUCAUUUAACUAUGAGCUCCAGCGGUAUCCUAAAAUGCUGAGGCUGAGCUGCAGUUUUUCCAAGCUUGAGUCACUUAAAAUCCUCAGACUGAAGGGCUAUGUGUUUCAGCAGCUAAAGCCAGAGAGUAUUGCUCCUUUGAAACAUCUACCUAACCUGGAAGUUGUAGAUCUUGGUACAAACUUUAUUAAAAUGGCAAACCUUAGCAUUCUGAUGGAACUAAAAAGUUUUAAAAUAAUCAGUCUAUCUGACAACAAAAUAUCUUCUCCAUCUGACAAUCAAGAUGAUAUUGUCUUCCCUGAUGGAGAACCCUUGCUCUGGUCUCCAAUGCCAAGUAGUGAUCAGUACCGCAACAAAGAAGUGCGAGAGAUACAUUACUUCAGAUACGACGAAUAUGCGCGCAGCUGCAAGUACAAAGAUAAAGAACUAGGAGUUGUCACAUCUUUUGUUAAAGAAGAGUGCAGUAAAUUUGGUAAAACCUUAGAUGUGAGCAGGAACAACAUUUUCUUCCUGCAUUCGAGGUUUUUGAAUCUCAAGGAUCUGAAAUGUCUGAAUCUUUCUGAGAAUGCAAUGAGCCAAAGCCUGAAUGGAUCAGAAUUUACUCAUCUAAAAAACCUACAGUACCUUGACUUCUCAUCCAAUCGCCUGGACCUUCUCUACUCUACUGCAUUUCAAGAGCUUGAAAAUCUGGUCAUCUUGGACAUUAGUAAUAACAACCAUUAUUUUGAGUCGGAGGGCGUGACUCACAUGCUUAACUUCACAAAGAAUUUGACAAAACUCAAGACCCUGCUCAUGAACCACAAUAAAAUCUCUACAUCCACCAACACAGAGAUGGAGAGCAAAUCCCUGGAGAGGUUAGAGUUCAGGGAUAAUCGCUUAGAUAUGCUGUGGAGAGAUGGAGACACUAGGUAUGUUAAUUAUUUUAAAAACCUACUUAACCUGACUGUCCUCGAUAUCUCUCACAAUAAUCUCAAUUUUAUUCCACGUCAAGUCUUUGGUGGCAUGCCUGACAAGCUAUCUGAGCUCUACAUCAGAGGAAACAAACUGAAAUCCUUUGCAUGGGGAGAAUUACAGCUUCUGCGCUCUUUAAAGGUCUUAGACCUCAGUGAAAACCAUCUAACUACUGUCCCACGCGUGCUGUCAAACUGUACCACAUCACUUGAGAAAUUUAUACUACAUAAAAACCAGAUUGUAAGACUUACACCCCAUUUUCUCAUGGAUGCCUUCAAUUUAAAGUAUCUGGAUCUUAGUUUUAACCACAUCCAGUACAUUGAACAAUCCAGCUUUCCAGAUGAUGUUGUUUCACAGAUGGACAUGCUGCUCCUUCACAAAAACAGAUUUAUGUGCACCUGCAACGCCACUUGGUUUGUGAAAUGGCUCAAUACCACCAACGUGACCAUCCCUCAACUUGGCACCGACGUCACCUGUGUGGCUCCUGGUGUUCAAAGAGGUCAUCCGGUGAUCUCCGUGGACUUACUGGCUUGUCAACAUCCCUUCCUGUCCAUCAUCCUCUACAUCCUCAUGACGUCUGUUGUCCUCAGCUUUUUGACGCUGUCCAUCUCCAGCCAUCUCUUCAUGUGGGACGUCUGGUACAUUUACCACUUCUGCAGGGCUAAGCUAAAAGGAUACCGCCGGCUGCACUCUCAUGGUGCUAUCUAUGAUGCAUUUGUGAUUUAUGACAAAGAAGACCCAGCAGUGUCUGAGUGGGUGAUGAAGGAGAUGUGCACUCAGCUGGAGCAGGGUGGAGACCGUGGCUUGACUCUGUGUCUGGAGGAAAGAGACUGGAUCCCUGGAUGCCCCUUGAUUGAUAACCUCUCCCAAAGCAUCCACAAGAGCAAGAGGACUGUUUUUAUUCUCACCAGAAAAUACAUCAAAGGGGGGAACUUCAGGACGGCCUUCUACAUGGCCCACCAAAGACUAAUGGAUGAAAAAAACGAUGUUAUCGUAUUGAUUUUCCUGGAAAAAGUAUCUUGCAACUCAAAGUAUCUGCAAUUACGAAAGCGGCUAUAUAGGCGCUCUGUCCUCGAGUGGCCAGCAAACCCUCAGGCACAGCAGUUAUUCUGGUUUAGCCUAAGGAGUGUUUUAGCCACUGAAAGCCACAAACAAUACAACAAUCUCUUCAAAGAAACACUGUGAAAAAAGAACAAUAUAAUGGCAUUGUUCUCUGUGUCACUGUAGAUAACAGCAUGUUUAAUCCCUUGUACGGAUUAAAAUAUCAGAACUUGGAGAACUGAUGCAGAAGUCUGUCUUUUUGGCUAAUUCCCUCUUUGCCUCAAUUACUAGAAAAUGAUUUGCACCCUUUGUUAGACCUCCCAUAUGAUCUUAAUGUUGCUGCUUAUCAGCUGCCAGCAAAAACUCCAAACAUGCCGGAAAAAAAAGGAAAUGAAACAGAAGUAAACAGCACUUCUGCAAAUUACAAACAGCUUCUCUGCCACAGAGUUUUGUACAAACAUGCUAGUUUCGGAUUGCAGUCCUGCCAUGGGGACUUUUGCUCUGUAGCAUGGGGCUGCAAAGAACAAGGAAGCUAAGCAAGAUUAGUUUGACCACGAUUGCCUUAGAUGUACAUAAAGGCAGCUUUCACUAUGUUCUUUCUUUGCACGUUUCCAGUACUUGUAAGUGCCUAAGAAUCAACCGGUUAGGAACUGUCUUCAAAUCUUACUAAGGACUCACAUAUUCCAUGCACAAUGGUAAGUUUUGUUAACACAAUACUAUUGCGCACAAAAGGAAAACCCAUGUAAUCCAGUUCUCUGUUUAAUGUUUGUGAAUGAAAGUGAAUUGGUAUCUUCUUAUUUACAUGUUUUCCUUUAAUAUGUUCAUUUAAGUACAGUUUGUGCUUUUGGUUUUCUGUUUUGAUGUUUUUUGGAACCUUUAAAGAAUGAUUUGUUGUUUGAAUUCAAAUACAACGUGUUCAAUCUGAUUCCUGAUGUUAAUAAAUGUUGUCACAUUCCUUGUUGAAGUUUGUAA